UGGGAGAGGGGAAUGCUGGAAUUCAAAGACGCUUUCAAAUCCAAAGAUUUUUUUUCCAAAAUCAGGUACUUUAAAUCUUCAGAAAAUGAAGAGGAAUCCUUCUUUCUCAUAUUCAAUCAAAACCAUGAUCUUGCUUUUUCCAUAUUCUGCCAAAAAAGCUCUCUUUUCUGCAAUCAUUUGCCCCCACUUGAUGCAAAGAUUCCUUUCUGCACUGGAUGGUUCAACAUCAAGCUCUCGUCUAGAUGCUUUUGAUUUUGACUUUUUGGGACGAAUCUUCAUCUGGGUAGUCUUUUAAUUUUAAAAAGAGAUGAUUUUUAUUGAAAUAUUCUGCAAUUUUUGGGUGAGAUUUGGUUUUUUCUCUGUAUUUUAGCAGUUGAUGUUUAGUGGAUUUCUUGUAUUUCUGUUUUUAUCUGAAUUUAUGCUAUGGUAGUUGAUGGAUUUUUAUUCCGCUAGUAUUUUGAUAUUAAAAAAAUAAUAAUUAAAAAAAAAUCUGAUUUUCAUUGAAAUAUCCUGCAAAUUUUUUAGGUGAGAUUUGGAUUUUUCUGUGUUUUGGCAUUUGAAUUUUAGUGGGUUUUUUGUGUUUCUGUUUUUAUGUGAAUUCAUGGGAUGUUAUUUGGUGGAUUUCUAUUAUGGUGGGUCUAGAUCAACUACAGUGAACACGAAUUCGUGCUGAAAACUGGCAGUUUCUUUUUAUAUUUCUUUUUAGUUAUGGAAUUUGGUGAUCUGGGUUCUUGUUGAAUUGUGUUCAAAUUUUGAAUUUUGCAGAGGAUUGAGAAUCUCAGUUGAUUUGCAAUUUGGGUUCAUUGACUGUAGUUAGCACAGGUUUCAUCCGAAAUGGCUGUUCCAUCUUGUGUUUCUGUUCAUCUAUGGAAUUUCCAUAUUCUGUUCUGUUUGAAUACAGAUUCCUAAAAUGUGCUAAGGAUUACAGAUCGUUGUCUGAUUGGAAGUCGGGUUUGGAUAUUUUUAGUUUUGCAUGUGCUGUUUGGAAAUCCAUGUGAUGAUCGAUUGAAAGAACAGAACAUGGAUGAUGGAGAAGUUGAGCUUUCGGAGCAUGGGUUGUUACCAAAUCCCAAUAUCCAUGAAUCAACACCCGUCGACUCAUUUCUUGAUGACUUCUUGAAGAACACACAAACAUGUACACACACUCACACCUGCAACCCUCCUGGCCCUGAUGCGGCUCACACACACACAUGUUACCACACGCACACCCGAGUGAUCUCAAGCGGAGAUGACGAUGGGCCGAGUGAGAAACAGCAAUCUGUUCUGAAGUCUAGAAAGCCUUCGGGAAAUAGAGAGGCAGUAAGGAAGUAUAGGGAGAAGAAGAAGGCCCACACUGCGUACUUAGAAGAGGAAGUUAAGAAACUUCGCCUGUUAAAUCAGCAACUGUUGAGAAAAUUGCAGGGCCAAGCGAUGCUCGAAGCUGAGGUGAUUAGGCUGCGGACGCUCCUUUUAGAUGUGAGAGGAAAGAUCGAUGCCGAGUUGGGUGUUUUCCCAUUUCAAAAGCAGUGUAAUGGUAGUAGUUUUAAGGAAAGGGAUUGCAGUCUUCAAUCCAUUGAUGCAGGUGCAAGUCUUCAGUGUGGGACUGACGUUCCAUGCCUCCAUCCACAAAUGGGGAUGUCCUCAUCACUGGCUGGGAUUGGUGGAAAUGGGAAGAUGUUCAAUUGGGAAGGAAGCUGCGAACCUGCAAUAGUGGACUGUCGGGAUAACCCAAAUGGGGUUAUGGGGCAGGAUGUUGUGAAUGCUGAAGCUCGCCUUGAUUGCAUGAUGCCAACUUCCAUGGACAUGAUGGGGAGUUUAGUCUCAUCUGCUUCUCCAGAUGAAUGAUGGAGGGAAACUUUGGUUGAAUCAUAUCCGAGAGGGAAAAGCCGACCCUCCACUUGCUGUUAUUCCACCGAGUCAAGUCAAAGGUUAGCACGGUACCUAUUUGAACUUUAAAAACCCUUAAAUGAAUGGUAAAGAAAUUACAAUUUGGUUUUCUCCACUUCAUUAGGGUGUGUUUGGAUGUCACUCAUUUUCAUUUUCCAUUAAUCUGCAAUACCACAGCCUCCACUAAAAGAAAAAGGAA